UGAGAAAAGUGUGUGAAGAGUGAAAUACAUUUAGAGUAGAAGUGUAUUGGUGAGGAUUGGUUUUUUGUAAUAGUUGAGUGUGAGAGUUUGCUCCUCCUAUUGUAAUUCUGUUCUUGAUAUUGAAUAGAAGAAUUUUCCAAUCCCAACAAGUGGUAUCAGAGCGAGGUUGAGUUUGCAUACACUGUUUUCUCAUUUUCAGAUAAAUUUCUACAGGUUAGAAAAUCGUGAUUUUUCAAGUUGCUCGGAAUCACGAUCUGAUCAUACCGUUAGAUUCGUCUCGUCGAGACGAGAAAUCUGGUAUUUUUGGGGAAUUUUUUGGCCACCGGAAGAGGCCGUAAGCGCCGCCCAAACGCGCCGGAAAACUGCCUGCGUCAUCAUUGCGUCAUCACGCAGUCCAGAGGAAGAAGACGAGCCACGUCAGCCGCCACAUCAGCCGCCAAGUCAGCGCCACGUCAGUCCACGUAAGCGCCACGUCAUCCGCCACGUCAUCCGUGCAAGCCAUCUCUAGGUGCCACGUCAGCGACACGUCAGCGCCACGUCAGUGACACGUGGCGUCACGUCAGCGCCAGCGCAGAGCCAGCUGUUGCCACGUCAUCCGCCUGCUGGUCUGCUCACUGGGCUGCUGCCUGAACCGGACCGAACCGGUUCGUACUUGUGGAGGCCGGUUCACCCAUUUUCAGACCGGUUUUGGACGAGGUCAGACCGGUUCCUACCAUUUUCGGCCAUUCCGGAUCCAACGGUGAGCUCCGUUUGUCCAAAUUCGGCUCCGAAAAUAAGGUACGAGAUAUUUUGAGCAUUUUAUUAUGGAUAAAUCAUCAUCGGACACCAUGAUUGCGCUCACUUCCACAAAUUACAAUAUGUGGAAGCCUCGGAUGGAGGAUUUGCUAAAUUUGAGGGAUUUAGCUGAUCCUCUUGAUAAUAAUGGCGUGAAACCGGAUAAAAAGACGGAUGAAGAAUGGACAAAAAUGAAUAGAAAAACUGUCGCACAAAUUCGGCAGUGGAUCGAUCAUAGUGUGUUCCACCAUGUUGCGCAAGAACAAAGUGCUUACACAGUAUGGGAGAAGCUUGGUAGCAUGUAUCAAGCAAAAACCGCCCGAAAUAAGACAUUACUAACGAGGAGAUUAGUAAACCACAAAUAACGGGGAGGUAUUUCGGUGUCAGAACACACCAGUCAAUUCCAGGAUCUUGUGAAUCAGUUGAGCACCACCGGCUGGGUUCUCAAAGAUGAAGAGCAGGCGAUACUACUCUUGAGCUCUCUACCUGACAGCUGGGAGACUCUUGUUGUCACUCUCAGCAAUUCUGCUCCCAAUGGCAAGGUGACUAUGCAGAUGGUCACAGAUGCCCUUAUGAAUGAAGAAGCCCGAAGAAAAGAAGCCGGGACUGAACAAUCAUAUGCCUUCGUGUCAGAAACCAGCAGACGAGGGGGAGGCAGAAAUAGAGGAAGAAGUUGAGGUCGAGGCCAAGGUCAAAACAGAGGAAAUUCUCAAGUUCGCGGCAGAUCACAAGAAAGAGGUAUGUCCUUUGAAAACAGUACUUGGUUUGAAGGAUAUUGCAAUUACUGUAGUAAUUAUGGGCAUAGAAAAAGAGAUUGUAGAAAGUUUCUACGAGAGCAGCCACAGACGAGUCAAAAUACUAGCCAAGAAGAUGGUGAGACCAUGGUUAGUUUGUCAUCAGACGUGUCUUGUUACACAUGGUGAACAAGAAUGUUUACACGUAGGAACUCAUGAUGUUGAGUGGGUGAUUGAUACAGCCGCAUCAUUUCACGCUACUCCACACCAGAACUUAUUCACAUCUUAUAAGUCAGGAGACUUUGGAGCUGUGAAGAUGGGAAACACGAGUUUCUCGAAGAUUGUUGGCAUUGGUGAUGUGCACAUAACAACCAAUGUCGGAUGCGCACUUGUGUUGAAAGAUGUUCGACACGUUCCGGAUCUUAGAUUGAAUCUUAUCUCCGGUACAGCUCUGGAUCAGCAAGGAUAUCUUAACCGAUUCAAAGAAGGUACGUGGAAGUUAUCUAAAGGUUCCUUGGUUGUUGCAAGAGGCCAUAUUUGUGGUACUCUUUAUAAAACUCAUGCAAAGUUGUGUCAUCCAAGUCUUAAUGCUGUUGAAGAAGAGAUAUCACCAAACUUGUGGCACCGGAGGCUAGGCCACUUGAGCAUGAAGGGAUUGACAACUCUUACUAGGAAGGAAAGCAUUUCCAUGGGCAAAGGUGUUGCCCUACAUCCAUGUGAGCAUUGUCUAUUCGGGAAACAACACAGGGUUUCCUUCAGUUCUAUCAGGAAGAACCAUUCAGAGUUACUCAGUCUUGUACACUCUGAUGUAUGUGGACCCAUUGAAGAGGAGUCACUUGGAGGAAGCAGAUAUUUCGUGACAUUCAUUGAUGAUGCAUCACGAAAGGUAUGGGCUUAUUGUUUGAAGAGUAAGGAUUAAGUGUUUGAUCGCUUCAAAUUAUUUCAUGCCAUGGUAGACAAUGGAGGAGAGUACACUUCCCGGGAGUUCUCAGCAUAUUGCGAUGCGUAUGGAAUCAGACAUGAGAAGACGGUUCCACGAACUCCACAACACAAUGGUGUAGCCGAAAGAAUGAAUCGGACCAUUAUGGAGAAAGUUCGUUGCAUGCUGAGUAUGGCUAAACUACCUAAGCCAUUUUGGGGUGAAGCUGUGCUGACAGCUUGUUAUCUUAUAAACAUGUCACCUUCUGUUCCUUUAAACUUUGAAGUGCCAGAGAAGAAAUGGUCAGGAAGAGAUGUUUCUUACUCUCACUUAAAAGUGUUCAGGUGAAAGGCAUUUGCACAUGUGUCCAAGGAGUUGAGACAGAAGCUGGAUCUCAAGUCAAACCCAUGCAUCUUCAUCGGGUAUGGUGAUGAAGAAUUCGGAUACCGGUUGUGGGAUCCCGAAGUGAAGAAAGUUGUACGAAGCAGAGAUGUUGUAUUUCAUGAAAACGAGUUUCAUGGGUGUGUUCCAAUAAUCCGCCAACAACAUACUCCAGAAGACGAAGUGCCUGUAUCAUCAAACAUUCCUCUUAGCGACGAGGAAAAGUAUGAUACUACUGAACAAGAGAGUGAUGGUUCAGUAGGUGAUAAUGAUGCUCACGGUGAUGAUAUUCCUCAGCAGGGGGAGCCUUCAUCUGAAGACGAAGCUGAAUGUACUCAUGUUCGACGUUCUAUGCGAGGCAUAGUUCCACAUAGAAAGUAUUCCACAUCCGAAUGGAUACUUGUUGCUAGCGAGGGGGAGCUUGCGAGCAUCGCAGGAACGAGAGAAAUAAAGAAAAAGGUGGAGGGGGAGAUUUGUAGGGAGUUUCCACCUUCUUUCUUGGAAGUUGCCAAGAGACAUAUAACACCUUCUAGGAAGGAGCUAUCAAACACAUGAACAUGGAAGGAGAUAUGGAGAUAACUAGGAAGCUUGGAUGCAACUUCCUCUUGUCUCCAACCUAGCCUAUAAAUAGAGUGUUCUAUUGUUGUUCAUAUCAUCAGUUUAGAAAGUGAGAAAAGUGUGUGAAGAGUGAAAUACACUUAGAGUAGAAGUGUAUUGGUGAGGAUUGGUUUUUUGUAAUAGUUGAGUGUGAGAGUUUGCUCCUCCUAUUGUAAUUCUGUUCUUGAUAUUGAAUAGAAGAAUUUUCCAAUCCCAACACGAUCUACUUUUGUAGUGACACGAAACGACAUUCAACGACUUAAGAAUCACGUACUCGCACGAUGUCCCGAAUUUGUACACCUCUCAUCGUUCACGGUGACUUGUUCAUAUGUAUGGAGUUGCCUAGUUAGAUCAAGAAAUGUGAUAAACAAGGAAGACAAACAAGACAAAAAAGAAGAUGAUGAAGAAAUGGAGAGUUUUAUGUGCCUGGCCAAUUGUCAGGCGCGUUUGGACCCUCCCUUGCCUACAAACUAUUUCGGCAAUUGUGUCAUGGCAUGUUUAGGAAGCAUGAGCUAGAAAAGCCUAAUGGGAGAUGAAGGCUUCGUAAAGGCGGCCGAGGCAAUUGCGGAGGGAAUUCGUAGCCAACUAUACAAUGAGGAUAAGGACGGAGUGCUCAGAGGCACUGGUGACUGGCUCACAGUUAUUCCCAAAAUGAGGGUGAGUUUGAGCGUGGCUGGUUCGCCCAAGUUCGACUAUUAUGAGCUGGAUUUCGGAUGGAGAAGCCUAAAAAGUUUGAUAUUCCUUCUAUUGAUGUGACCGGAGCCAUUUCUCUUGGUGCGGCCAAGGAUCAUGAAGGUGGACUGGAGGUCGGCUUGGCAUUGCCCGUCGCACAGAUGGACAUUCUUACCAAGAUAUUCAACGACGGUUUGAAAGUUUUAUGAAGCUUUAGGCUACUUUUGUUGACAUCAACCACGAUUACUAAUAAUGAUAUUGAAACAUGAGCAUCGUUAUAAUUAUUUUGAAUUUUUUCCCAUACUAGGGAAUAUUGGAAUAAGCUUUCAUGACUUUCUAUUUCGUACUUACUAGUAAUUCC